CUCAACCUCCUCCACCUCCUCCUUCCCCCCAUCUCCUCCUCCUCCCGGCGUGUCUGAGUCUCCGGCUGCAUGAACGAGUCCCGAUUCACUACAAGCCUGAACUUCUACAAUGCGUCUCUCCCAUACCUCAACUGACUGCACAGCACAGUCUGCAGCAGCUAGGAUGUAAUCAAUCCCACAUGUUUCAUCUCUGCGACUCGGGGAUUUUUACUUUGAAUAUAUAUAUAUAUAUAUUUUACCUUUUCUUUCUUUAUACCAUUCGCUCGUCAUUCAGUGGAUCUAAAUUACCAGACAUGACGGGGACUCCGUUUAUACCCUGCAAAGCCAAAACUCCGCUCAAUGCAAGGGGCGCCCGAAGUUCAUAAAAGGGAUUAUUUGCAUCUGGGAGCAUAAAACCUUCGGUGCCUCCGGAUUUUUACUUUUGGAGUUGGGAUUUAUCGGUUCUCAUCGGGAUGGAAAGCCGCGAUUUCGCUCCACCGCAUCAUCUCCUGACGGAGCGGAGCGCCUUGGUUCACAGCGCCGCGUCACGGUUGGCGCCAAGCGGCCACGGCUCCGUGCAGCACCCCGCUCAAUUCCAGCCCGGGAAAUACUACUCAUCCCACCUCUCCAUGGGUCCGCACUCAGGUGCUUCCUUCAUGGGCUCCUUUCUGGCCAGGAGUCUGGGGUCCCCACCAUCACACCCUUCUCACCCCUCUGGACCUGCUGCCUCCCCUUCCUCCCCCUCCUACAGGGCUGGACCCCAUUCAAGCGCUUCCCCUAUCUGGUUUCACCAUUCACAUGAAGGGUACCCCAGCUAUUCAGGAAGUCUUGCUUCUCCUUUCCUCCCCAUGAGUCCCCUGGAUCACCAUAGCAACAGUCUCUAUGGACAGCACCGCUUCUAUGAAACUCAAAAAGAUCACUUCUACCUGAGAGGCCUUCCUCCUCAACCCUCGCUGCUCUCCACCAAUCACGGCCUUCCUCCUCUGCCCAGGGCUGCCCCGGGCCACCCACUCGGCUCUUGCAGCAGAGAGACGGACAGAGGGGGAGGAGGUGGGAAGAGCACCAAGGAUGUGGGUGAUAAAGGGGUUUUGUCAAAAGAGAAGGAGCGAUCAAGCAGCAGGGAGCGGCACCAGGAGAGCAAAGACAGAGAACAACUUCAUCAUCACCAUUCUCAUCAGACGAACCCUGCUACUACUCCAUCAGGCCUUCACCAUCAAGCUUACCCCCACCCUCACCAUGCUCUUCUUCCCCACCUUGCGCUUCAGGGCAGGGAGGAAGACCACAGACACUCUCUGGAGCGACACAAGGAUUACAGAGACAGUGACUCGGGGAAUCAGGCAGUGAAACAUAUGAGUGCCUGUAAACUAUCCAGUGGCUCGGGGGCAGAGGCUGUCUGUGGAGGUAAAGGAGGAACACUAAGCAGCUGCAGUGGUGGGGUGGGCCGACCUCCAUCUGAAGGUGGCAAGCAGAACUCAAAAGAUGCACCCAUAAAUGGGGAAAUGAGGAUAAGUGAAUCUUCAGCUUCCUCACCUGAAUGUAUGAAACGAGGAGUGGCUGCAGCUGCAAUCUUGGCCGCUCCAACCCCUCACUCUGUGGCUUCUUACUCCAUGCCCCCGCCUCCCGCACCUCCACCUCCUCCUCCUCAUGUCUUGCACAUGGGCUCCACAGUAACCGGGGGGUGGCUACACCACACACAUCACCAUCCACAUCCAGAGUUUUACUGCCCUCCUCCCCCUCUAACACUCACACCCUCUAAAGAUCCAGCAUCCAACCCUGGAGGGUCCAGCAGGGAAGCAAAGGUAACUGGUCCAACUUAUGUGCCUUCUGUUGGGCCGCAGGGAGACUUGGUGACCCCUGACUGCCAUGGAGCAGGAGGAGCUGGGAGAAAGGCAGAUGAUAAGAGUGGAGAAGGAUCUUAUCAAAGUCCCUCUCAUUACCACAGCCACCUAAGUAGCUGCCAGAAGAAGGACAAAGCUCAGCCACACCAACAACAGAUGGGAUAUGACAAAGCUGACAAACCCCCUGACUGGAGCCAGCAGAAGCCUUGCUCCAACAUGAGAUCUCAACCUGAACUGCGGUCUUGCAGCAUGGAAACAUCCUUAUCCUUUAGGGAUGUUGAAGUUAUGGACGAGGUUUACCGUCCUUCACUCCCUUUAGAUACCCAAAAGACACUCUGCAGUGCUGGACAGGGUACAACAAAAAAUGGUCCCAAUACUGGCACUUCUCCCUUCAGGGACUGUUCUCUUUCGGGUCCUGAUAGGAAGGUGGGGUUGGGGCCAACAGCUCAGAGGGAGGGGCAAAAGGUCGCAAGAAUACGCCACCAGCAGAGCAGCAACCAGACAGCAAGUGCAGAGGACAGGAGAAGAGAUGGAAUUCAAACAGCACCUUCAUGGGGGCCUCGAGGGGGCCACCAAGAGGACCAGAGAAAAGGCAGUUAUCAAGCUGGUAAGGGGGCCCAUCUUCAGCAGUCUCCACCAUUGUCCCGUUCCUCAUCACGCACUACUGACAGUGAGGGUGGUGCCAUGAAGUACCUGAUGAGCUACAGCUCCCAGCAGCCUUUGACGCUGCCACAGCGGAGCCCCUUUGGAGGUCUGGGCUGCCUCAACAAGCGAGGAGAAAGAUCAGAGAAGGGGGACAAAGGAGGAGCUAAAAACAACACCUCCCAGCAAGACCCUCCCAAACAGUCUCUCCCUCCUCGUCGGGGCUCCAUUAACGAAGGAGAAAGAAGUGACAGAGGUGUGAAGGAGGCGGGGGAAGCUGGAGAAGGGGAGGUCCGACAGCCUCCUGUGGGUAUUGCGGUCGCAGUAGCAAGGCCCCCCCAUCGCUCUCCAGACAGCACCCCUGGACACAGCAGACAGGGCAGGGUGCUACCCAGCAUAAAAGGGGUGUCGCGUCCUGUGUAUCCUCUUAGCCGGGAGGCAGAGGAGAGGAAGAGAAUGACAGAAGACCAGAUCAAUCUUCAUCACCUCGACAGAGACAGAGAAAUGAUCAUUAGGGAAAACAAGGACUGCGUGGAGUUUGCUAGAAUCCACCCUUCUAGUAGUUGCCAUGGUGAUCUGACCUCUCACCUCCUGGUCCCUGGAGGAACGAGCCAGUUAGGGGCGGACCCUGCUGCACAUGCUCAUUCAGCUCAUCACCACUGGAUGCAGAGGACAGGAAGUCCCUCCCUCUGGAUGGGGCAUUCAUACAGUCUGAGCCAUAUGGGAAUGAAUCCUGGCUUCCCACCAGGUCUGGCCAGCCCUUUGCAGCCCGUCUUGGGGUCACUUACCCAAGACCCUAACUCCCCCAUUGUGGUUCUUCCUACAGAAGCUGGGCCUCAUCAUCCCCUUGAUGUUCUGGAGCAUUCAGGUCUGUGGCCCCCCGUGUAUGGAGCCAGAGGCCCUCCCCCUCAUCUCCAGCACCAUCCAGUCUACUCCCGCUCUUCAUUCCUACGGCAGGGUGUGCAGGAGCUAUAUGCCUUGCAGCAGCAGCGAGCCAUGGAGCACAUGCACCGUCACCCCUUAGGACAAAGAAAACACGAGGAGCACACCAUCACCAUAGACGAUUCUCCUAAUGAAUCUUCAGCUUCCAGAACUCCCUGUUCUUCAUCUUCUUCAUCUACUGCGUCCUCCCAUGCAACCAAACCCUUCUCUCACACCCCUCCCCCACCCAAGAUCUCCACACCGUCUCCAGCACUGUGUCCCAGUAGUCGUCAGUCACCGUGCUACCAUUCCCCUUCCACGUGUCUGCACCCUCCUAAUCCUCUGACCCCUGCACCAAGCCCGGCCGCGGCAGCUCCACGGUCUCCCGCACUCAGCCCUGCUCCCUUACACCUCUCUAAAGGGCUUGAGCGGGGCAGCGACAGAGGGGAAGGGCAACCACCUCAGGACUACCCACAAUCCUUAGAGCCAGACUUGCCACCUGUUUAUACCUUCUCUCCAAUCACCAUGGUUUACAAGGCCGGUCCCUCACCUCCUGAAGCACGACUGGCUGAACAACCUAUGGUGGAGCAAGAGCCAGCAGAGCCCGAAUCCAAGUCCCUCCCACCCCCAUGUCACAUCCAGCCCCUCACUGGAGAGGAGGAGAUGAGGAAAGAAGAGAAUGGGGGAGAGUUCGAAAUGGUGGAAUCCCAGAAUGGAGUUACAGAAGAGGCAAGGAAGGAAACAAAAGGAUGCACCGUCUCAGAGUCCCAAAACAAGAUUCCUGGAUUACCGCCAUGCCCUUUCCCGGCUCCAGUCCCAGAUCAAGCCUGCCCGGCAGGCGUAGCCCUAAAAGUGGAUAUCUCUCUAGGUUGCUUGGGCCAGAAGGCGGGCCUGGAGGAGUCCCAGCUAUCCAAAGAACAGGAGAAUGAUGGGGAGCAUGAAAAAGAGGGCAUGGAGGAGGAUGAAGGACAAAAAAUGGAGUCUGAACAAGCUAAAUGUUCUGUCUCUGUGCCUGUGGACCCUGAAAAGGAGGAGGUGGAAGAUGAUGAUGGCUGCAAACAUAGAGAAAACUUGGAUGUAGUUGAAAAUAAAGAGGAGCAGCAGUGUGGCAUAAGUCCAAUGGAAGACCUGGUGUGUAGUUCCCCAGUUCCUUCCUCAUCCGAUGACCCAAUCCUCCCUCCCACGAUGAGUACAGCUGCUCAGCUUGAAGGGGCUUACAUGUGGAGCUUGGAGCUCUUGAUUGCUGCGGCCCUAUGUGCCACCAGAGAUGCCUUGUACCCACCUGUACCUGUUGAACAGUCCCCAUGCCCUUUAUCCCACCAUGGAAUGGAAAUACUAAGCGAACUGGCUGAGCUGGAGAUCAAGCAGAGGAGCAGGGAGAGCAAAGAAAAAGACACUAUAGGUGAGGAAAUGCUGACCUUUGACCUCCACAGUCUGGCAACGCUGGCAGCUGCCCGAGCCUUGGAGAUGGGGGGAGGGGCUUUGAAUGCAGGGGCUGACCAGCAGUGCCCAAUCAGGAAGAGACUAAACCUGCGCAGGAAGUGCGGAUGGACUCCUAGGCACGAGCCGGUGUGCCCGGUGAAGGGCUCCAUGGAGACGAUGGGAGGGGAGGAGCUGGCCAUGCGUGUCCAGCUGGCUGAGCUACAGCGCCGCUACAAAGAGAAACAGAGAGAGCUGGCUAAACUACAGAGGAAACACGACCACCAGAAAGACGAGACGUCUCGUAGCCCCGCUCGCCGGGGGCCCGGCCGCCCACGCAAGCGCAAGUCCACCCCUGGCCCAGCUGCUGCAGAAAGCUCCAAAAGACUCAGGGCUGGGCUGAAUUUAUUGGUGGAAAAAAACAGGAAUUCAAUGUCUAAUCACAACUUCAACAGCCUUAGUUCUGCACAGAUGAAAGCUCGCUGUAAGCACAGAGGUCGGCCCACCGCCCUGAGCUCCAGGCUCGCUGGGCAUGUGACCCAGACGAAGCAGAAGGCACCGUCAGCAGGCUUGCUACACAGCAGUGAGGAAGACCCCACAAAGAAUCACUACAGACCAGAAGGAAACGACCUGCAACAGGAUCAGGCAGCUGAUCAAACUGUAAAGAGGAAGAGGGGUCGAAAACCCAAAGUGCUGAUGGGCAUCAACCCUAACAGGGCUCAUCUUAAGGACACCCAGGCAUCUGAGAAUCACAAAGUGAGGGAAGCAAAGAGCGACAGCGAGAGCUCAGAUCAUGAGGACAAGGACGGCAGCUAUGACAGUGAAGACGCAGCGAGUGACAUCAAGAUUAGCUCAUCCUCUAAAGAAGCUCCUGCAAACCCUGCUGGGACUUUGUCCUUUUCAUCACAGUCCUCCAAGCUCCAAGCAAACCAGAAAGUCAGGAGUAAGAGACCAGGACCUCAUGGCAUGGGGGGCUUGCCUUGUACAGAUUUCCAGAGGAGGGUUCCUAGGAGGCCAAACCUCGCCAGCAUAGAAAGGGGACGUCCAGACCAUCCAGGGGCUAACAGAGCUUCUCUGCCCAGCUGGGGUGCACCGCCAGUGGGCUGCAGCUUUGUCGACAGCUACAAAAACCAUCAAGCUCUAACUCGAACUUGCACAGAUGAAGAGAGGAAGACCUCUACAGUACAGAGUUUACGGGAAAAGGAAAAGGGACACGCUGUGAGUCGACUCUUACAGAGCUUUGCAGCUAAUGACGGCUUUCGCUUGGAUGAAGACAGCAGCUUCUCUGAGGGCGAGGAGGAAGAGGAGGAGGAGGAAGGGUUGAAGGAUAAGUUGUUGACACACCUUCCUCCCAACAUGCCUUGCAGAAUACCUGCACUGCCAAACUGCGUGUUGAGUAAAGAGAUGUUGGUAGACGGGCUGAAGAUCCUUAUCUCCAAGGAGGAUGAGCUUCUGUACGCCGCCUGUGUUCAAACGCUGGACCUGCCUGACAUCUUUAGUGUUGUCAUCGAAGGUGAGCGAGGAAAUCGACCCAGGAUCUAUUCGCUGGAGCAGCUACUACAAGAAGCUGUGCUGGACGUGCGACCCCAGACUGAGGCCAUCCUGACCACGGGGACACGAGUUUGUGCCUAUUGGAGUGAGCGUUCUCGCUGCCUUUACCCCGGAUACGUCCACCGUGGAGGUCCAGGUGAGGAGGACAAGGAGGGCAGUGUGAUGGUGGAGUUUGACGAUGGAGACAGAGGAAGAAUCUCUCUUGCUAACAUCAGACUUCUGCCCCCGGGAUACCAAAUCCGUUGUGCCGAACCUUCUCCAGCUCUCCUGAUUUCCCCUGGUCGUCGAGGUCGGCCAAGUUCCACCCUAGAGAAGAAGGACAUCCCCACAGAGAAACCAGCCAACGAGGAGGCAGGAGGGAAGCUCCAGGAAAAAAGACCAGUUGGCAGACCAAAAAAAAUUCACUCCGUGCCAAAAGCAACCAGCAUACCGACUUCAGUAACAGACACUGUAACAAAAGUCAACCAUUCUUUAUUGAACUGGUCCUUGCCCAGGAAGAGGCCGCCGGUUGACUUCUUCCUCUUUAAUGGAACGUCCCGUAAGAGCCAGAAGAUUCGAGAGCGAGACUUAGGGUUGUUUCAUCGGCCUGCCUCACACUCUCCAGCACCACCAACCCCUGUUAAAAGCAUUUUUGGCUCUCCUUUUGAAGUCGACUCAUUCAGUAGCAUUGCUAAUGGCUACUCUGCCUUUGGUAAUGGUGGAACUUCUGGAGCUGGGAGACCAGUUACCAGCAUAGCUUCCAUGGGGCUCCGAGAGUCCUCCUGUUCCUCAUCCGUCACUAUGGCAAUGACAGCUGGUAACCGUAAGCCUGUGAGUGAGCGCGACAGGAAACACUUCUUAGUGAAGCUUGACCAUGAAGGAGUGACCUCUCCUAAAACAAAGAAUAGCAAAGCUUUGCUUCGACUGGGAGGGGCUGGAGGGCGAGGACUAAAGAGCGUUAUUUCUGUGGGGGCACCGCUGCGUUACAUCCAACCUUCUCUGCUGGUGCGAGAUGGCAAGAAGAGAGGAGGGGAAAGAGACGGUGCUGGACCUCGGUCUGAGGCUCUUCUGAAGGGCGUUCCACCUCUAAGAAAGGAUCUUCUCUCUACUGGACUUGGAGCACAAGGAGGGGAUUACAGUUUGGACUAUGCCAGCGACUGCCCCAGCUCCUACUCCGAACUGGAUGAGGAUGAUGAGGAUGAUGGUCAAGAAGCACGGAGAAGAGCAGCUGUCACAUCCCAUCGUGGUGGUCGUUUUCUGUCCCGUCCUCCCAUCUGCUUCUCCUCAUCAUCCUCCUCCUCCUCUUCGUCUGGCUCCAUUUCCUCCUCAUCCCUGUGUUCCUCGGAUAACGACUCCUCCUACUCCUCUGAUGAAGAGUCCUCCUCUGUGCUGCUGCGCCGUGCUCUUCUCCAGCAGGACAAACACAAAAACAGGCAGAGCAUGAACUCUAACCUUCUGAGCCCCGACCCUACCACCUCCAACUCCUCUUCUUCUUCAGCCCCGGCACAUGGGUAUGUGGCCAAAGGCAGCAUGGCUGUUGGAGGGUCCAAGGUGAGAACUGACAGAGGAGAAGACAGGAAGGAGUACUUGUCAAAAGGAACUUUGAUGACUAAAGUUGCUAGCACAGCUAAGGCACAGCUAAAAAGGAAAGACAGUGCUCCUAACAGCCAUAAUCACAGCCAAAGCAGCCCUGUUGGCCAGCAGCUGAAAUCUGCCUCCAAGGACCUGGCAACAGCUAAGAAGCAGAGGAUGUCUUCGCCUGAGUCUCUUUCCAACAUGGCUUCCAUGCUGCCUGGACGCCAGCUUUGGAAAUGGUCUGGCAACCCCACACAGAGGAGAGGUCUGAAGGGUAAAGCCCGUAAGCUUUUCUACAAGGCCAUCGUACGGGGUAAGGAGGUGGUGCGUGUCGGAGACUGCGCUGUGUUCCUGUCACCUGGCCGGCCCCAGCUGCCCUACGUGGGCAGAGUGGAGAGCCUUUGGGAGUCGUGGAGCUCCAGCAUGGUGGUCAGGGUCAAGUGGUUCUACCACCCGGAGGAAACUCGCCUGGGGAAGAGACACCGGGAUGGCAAGAAUGCCUUGUAUCAAUCGAGCCAUGAAGAUGAGAAUGAUGUGCAGACCAUCUCUCAUUGCUGCCAGGUGGUGAGUAAGGCUGACUACGACCACCUGAUGCUUGAACGGAAGCCAGUCAGCGCAGCCAACAACCUGUUCUACCUAGCUGGAACCUACGAACCAACCACAGGCCAGCUGAUCAGUGCAGACGGCAUGGUGAUCUUGUCCUAGCACCAUAAGUUAGCGGCGAAACCCAAAAAGUGACUUGAUUCCUGGAGUUCUAGCCUGGUCCUUCAACGGAGAGGAUAGAAGCAAAUCAAGACAAAGAAUUUUGGCUGUGCCACCUGAUUUGCUCCUCGCAGAUGAAGAAGCUAGUCCACUGGAUAAAGCCUGAAAAUGGUGGCACUGACAGGAGUCCUGUUUGUUCUGAGGAAAAGUCUGACCCAUGCCAGGUUUGACCUCUUUAGCAGAUGUGGACAGAGGCUCUUUGUCGCAGUGGGAGUUUUCAGCCUUCCCUGUGGCUUUCUUGUAACUGUAACAUGAAAGUUGAGAAACCAAUGACAUGAGCACUUUGGAGUGUAGUAGCUUGGAUAUGUAAUGGAGGAAGGGCAGCACGCUUGGCUUUCUGAAACAAAGACUUUGAGAGCAGGAGAGAGUGUAUGGUAAGGAGAGACUUUCUGUAAACCACACUGGUUUGGAUGGUUUUAAUGGUUUUAUAUUAGUAGUCUGACUAUGAUGAUGCUGAUUGAGAGAUCCCCAACAGGACCAAUAAACACUGUAAUAUGGACCGUGUUUAAAUACAUGUAUGUGUUUUUGCAGAGUGGCUGCGAUGACCCCAUUUUGGCAUUUAAUGAGCUCUAAGUAAAUAGUGCUUUAAAGCGUGUGUGUGUUUGUACAGUCUGUGUGGUCAUGCACGUGUGCACAAGAUGUGCACGUCAUGAUGUGGCAUGGGUAUGUCUGUGACACUUCUAUUAAUCAAUCCAGUACUUAACGUGUAGUUCUUAAUCCUUGCGACAGAAACACAGAACAAUGUUUUUCUCCUUUUAAGCCAUACACAUCAAUACCUCUCUCUCGUAUCCUGCUAUCCGGGUGCGAAGACACAUGUACAGGCAGUAGGAUUGUUUAUUUGAGCUGUGUGUGCAUAUGUGUGCAUGGGCGAGCGUGUGCACUUUGUACAGCACUCUGUAGAAUAAGACAAUGUAAAUAGUAUAUAUAUAUAUAUAUAUAUAUAUAUAUAUAUAUAUAUAUAUAUAUAUAUAUAUAUAUAUAUAUGUUCUUGUUUUUUUGUUUCUUUUGCAGAGAAGAUUAUUUUAUUUAGAUUUUUUAGGGUGGUGGGUGGGUUUGGGGCUAUGGCAGAGGGUAGGAGGUGGUGUUAUGUUUCCUUCUCUCUCAAUGCACUGAACAGGAUUCAAGGUUUGGAUUUUGGGUCAAACUGCGACUGAUGUAACAACUUUGUGGUUGUAAUCGUUGAAUGGUAAAUUUGUAGAGAAGUUAUUUGGGAUAUUUUUGUUUUUAUAAGGAAAUAUGAAAAAAGCUCUUUUCACACAUGUCCAGUUAUCUAUUUUUUUCAUUUUAUUUCACUGUGUUGGAUUUAGAAUGUGCAUAAACUUGUUUUUUUUUUUUUAUUUUUUUUUUUUUAACAAAUACUGGAAAAGCAAGCUGAGUCUCUGCUGUUCUUUGAUCCUAAAAGAAUCUAGCGGUUCUUUAUCUAUUUUAGCCUGUAUUCCUAUAGAAAAUGUAGAUAUUUACCUGGCAGCAAAAAGGAUAAAACAAAAAACAACAACAACAACAAAACAUACCAAAGCACCUGUUAGUUUAUGCUUCACAACAUUAGAUGAAAACAA